AUGGGCACCCUGUCUUUCUCCUUUGGUGAAAAUUCGUGGAAUUGUGCUUUAGAAAGAAUACCAGAUGAUAGUGAACCAGCUUCAGAUUCAUGUGAUGAUGAUGGUUAUGUCAGCAAGCUUUCCAGUACACAUCCAGAGCAUAAGCUUCCAAGAGGAAAAGCAUCAACUGGCUCAGACACAGCAACAUCUCGGCCAACGCCAGUUACGGGCUCCUCGUCUUUUUCUAGUCAAAGUGAUGGGAGGAAUGGUACGGAAAAAGCAAUACCAGAUAAUAGUGAACCGGGUUCGGUUUCAUGCGAUGGUGAUGAUCACGCCAGCAAGCUGUCCAGUACGCACCCAGAACCAAAAGAACCGCUGUUUGUAUUUGGUGUCACUUUGCCAAAUAGUAAACAGUUAAGUGCUGUCGCCGCUGUCCAUGUUGAAAUACCAUCUGGAAAGGAUUCAUCUGUUACAUAUGCAAUUUGUGGAGGCCUAAAUGUAAAGGAAGUGUCAUGCCAACUGACUAAAUCCGGUGGAUGCUUGUACGUUAGUCCACAGUAUAUGGAGGAAACUUUGGAGGACUCACAGGAAGUUGGCUCAUUUGCUGCGUUGGCUACUGUGAAGGGAGAACCAACUUCCAGCUUUUCAGUGAGCUCUUUGUCUGUGUUUCCAACCAUCUCUCAGGAACGUGGACCUACUGAGCCACCUGCAGCAGCAAAGUUGACUGUUUCUGUUUCUAGCUCACCAGGGGGCACUGUAAACAUGGUGCACAGUUCAUCAAGAAGCCAUGUGUUUGAAUUUGGUGUGACACAGCCAAAUCGGAGCGAACCUGCUCCGCUUGGCUCCCCAUUUCCUGGUACUGUCAGCUCAGAAGAGAAUGUGUUCACUGCAGAUGUAUCUUCUGGCCCCCCAAAAGAGAAAACGGCUUCUGGAAACAUUGCCUUGCCUGGUGCUGCACUGGAAGCAAAUGUUGAGCUGGCUGAUAUGGUGACACCACAGGAGCGCAUAGCUGGCCACAAGCUUACAUCAGAUGGAGAAAUACAUGAAGCCUCUCAGAACUUGCCACAUAGUAGGCUGUCUCGUGAAAUCCUUAAGUUGCGUCAAUAUAUUACAGAAAAGAAAGAUAUGCCUACUUCCAAUGGUGUGGGCUUCUGUCCCGACAAUCUCUAUUCAGAAACUUCAGCACUCAUGUCCAGCCCUGAAGCAGGACUAUCGACUUCUACAUCUAGGCCUUUAACCAUCACAUCUGGACCAUCUUCAGUCCCAGCUACCAGUACACCCAUGACAACAGCAUCAACACUGGCAAAUGGAAUGGGCCCGUGGUCGCCAACAACGCAGUUGACUACGUCAGAAAAUGGCUUCGCUACCUCCUCCCCAGUUGGCCACAUGAAAGACACGCCAAGACGCCCUAAAAAGGCCUCUUGUCGCAGCUGUGCUUCCAGGGGAAGAGCUAAGCAAUAAUACAGCAGGAUGAAAGCAGCCAUGAAGAGCUUGUUAAUUUAGGAUGCCAUCGAAGUCCCGUGGUGGCGAUUUUUUAACCUUAUAGUUUUAAGCAUGCUAUUGUCGUGACCAUCAUGCAUCAGGAUGACAAGUGGUCAUGCUGCUGAGAAAAGCGACAGUCAGGAUCGUAUUGUUAUCAUUUAAGUAAAGAUUUUUACAUACAAUCAUUAUUGAUGAAUACUUGUGUUCGGCUGACGUGAGCCGGUAAAUUGUAAUGAAAAUGUGAAAAUAAAAAUGCCUA